AUGCUCUCUAUGUCGACGGAAAAUAAAUUGCAGACCCUUCUGCAAGUCACCGUCCUCAAUCACCACAUCAUCAGCAACAAUCAAGAAGCGGAGAUGGAGAAGCAAGCAGUGUCGGGUCCAAAUCGUUGUGGCCAAUCCUCUUCUUCAAUCCCUACUUCAAAUCCUCUUCAAUCGUCGUCGCCUCCCACCACUUCCGCCGCAUCGUCCAUAUCUGCUUUCCAAGAGGAAGAACACGUCCAAGGGUUCGAUUCGACGAGAUUGCAGUGCAGACACCAUAGUCGGCAGGAACUUUGUUCUGUGUUUUCAGAUUUUGGAUUUCGAAGGUGGAUCUCGCAAUGGCAGAGCAUUGGGGGGCGUGUCCAGCGGAGGAAGUGGAAGCGACAUUUGGUUGUGGGGUUGUUUGUCUAUUGGCUACGACGAUGGUGA